UGAUCGUCCUUUUUGCAGUACGUAAAUUACUUCCGUAGAGGCAGUACAUAUUAACGAUAACAUUUUGAGAGUUACAUUCAGCACCAUUUGGUACGGUUUAUUACGUUCAAGUUUAUUCAUCAUGGCGGACGCCAAUGUAGUUGCUACAGAGCAAAAUAAUGCUGCUGCUAAUAACGCAAAUGAACAGGUAAUAUUUAUUGAAAUUUUAUUUUAUUGAAAUAUAAUCUUGCAUUCAAAAUACUAUCAGUAUCUAGAUAUAUUUAUACUUUCUGAGUGAGUGAGUGAUCUGCACUGUGACUGUGGAAGUGGUGAAGUGCUCUACAGUCUACAGUCACUCUGCAAAAUAUUAAGUUAAGACUAAGAGUAUAAGAGAAGCUCGCUCUCAUAACAAUUGAUUAGUCUCACAGCUGACGGUAUGUGUAUAUUUUGUACAGAAAUUAGGUUGAAAGAUGCCUUUUUCUGACACUGAGCCAUGGUAUAGAUUGAGUUAGUACCUUAGCAGUGUGGGUUUUGCCAAGAGUCAAGAGUUAGUUGUCUUAGUCUUACCCUAAGCUCAGGCUCAAUGGCUUCACUUUGGGGAAUCCCAAACAAACACUUGGCUUAGAGCUAGGGAGAAUAGACCAAUUGUUGCAUCAUAAGGAUGUGUAUGUUAACUUUCUGUUCUUCACUGAACAUUAUUAUUUGUGUCAUUGUCAUAACGAAGUGUCUACACGUCUGGCGCGGCGGACAAAUAGUGUGGGAGAUAUACGUCCGGCGAGCAUGUCACGUGACUGCCGGACGACUAGUAGGCAUUAUUAUUCUGAAGGAAUUGCCUAUUGAGAAGAUCGUGUGUGGUCUUGUGGUAGAGUGGCCGCUUGAUGAUAUUAUAUUUGUGGAUCAAUUCCCUGUAUGGGAACCUUUUUUUUUUCCCCAUUUUAAUUAAAAAAUAUUUGAAAUUAUAUUUAAUCUAUAUUAUCAAGUUCAUCAGCAACAGUAGUUUUAUGAGAAGUUUUAAAAUAUUUUGUAGCAAUUUAAACAAUUUAAAAUGAAAUCUUUUACUUUUAUUGGUUGCCUACUCCAUACUGAAUACUGGCCCCUAAUUUAUUUUAUGGAUUACUGGUACACAAACUCAAAUAACAAACUAAACAAAAAUGUUUACAAGCCACUUUCACUUAAGUUUUUUUUCUAUUAUUUGCAUGCAAGAUACUUAGUACAUUACUUGGUAGAGAAAUGGAUUUUAAAAUUAACAAUAGUUUUGAAUCAUUCGCGGUAACGAGACAAGGCUGAUCGACAAAAUAUCUCUCGCCACUUUGUUACGGCGGUCAUGUGACUUGGUCGCCGGACGAAUACUGCGGGAGAUAUAUGUCCGGCCCGCCGGACGUGUAGACACUGCCUUGUCAUAAGUGUAAUGAUCAAUAAUGUAAAUGUUAAAAUGAAAUAUAUUGAAAUGAAAUUUUCAUUAGUUUUUUUUAAUUCAAAGUCAAAUUACAUUGUUCAAAAGAAAUAACAAAAUGAACCCUUCUUUGCUGAUACACCAAGAUAAUCACUGGUGUGGAAAAAAGAAGCGCUCUAAAAAUGCUGUCUCUUGAUUAAUUGAAAAAAGAAGUACCUCAGUAUGUUGUUAAUUUUGAUUAUGUCCCCCCACCCCCACUUUAAAACAAAAAAAAUGAAAAAAAAACUGUUUUAAAUAAACACAAAGCUAAGAAUUAAAAUAUGCAAAUCUUUUGAAUACGGAACUAUGGCCGGUAGUUGACCUGAAGAACCUCUAUGACAUUUGAAGACAUCCAUCAUCUGCCUUACUGCUAAUCCAUCCUAGCCGCCUAGCCCUUUCUGAAAGUUUCCAAGUCCAGGUUCAACAAAGGGGUAGCCUAAAUGUGGGAUUGAUGAGCCUUUAAUCACCACACAUUUUCUCUAAUUUUAGAAUCGAACUGGACACACCCAAUUCAUUUCCUUCUCUCAAAUGAUUUAAUUUAGUGGAGUUGUUAAGCAGCUAAAUUUUGUUUUCAAUGUACUGUUGCGAGCAGAGCCAUGCUAUCACUUUUCAGUUUUUUGCCCCUUGCAUUCAAUGUAGGUAGUUAAAAAUUUUUCCCACAUCACAACAUCCACAGGGGCUAAAGGGCCCACACGAUGGCCUUGGUUGCAAGACAACCCAAUUUGAUUAACUUCUCUUGCAGCAGGUUAUUAAAAUUGAGCAGUGGCGUUAAAUGGAUCUUGAAUCUGUGAAAAUGUAGCUCUAACAUCAUUUUGAAAAUUAAUUAUUUUAACUUUAGUAUCAUUUGUAGAAGAUUCUGUUUCGCAAACAGUUAUUACUAAGUGAGUUACUCUUAUGUACCAGGUCUGCUACAGAUGCCAUGUCCUGUUACAUUGAAUUAAAGUUAAAAUAAAAUAAUUAAAAUCUUGUAAUAUUUUGCAUAGCCCCUGUGAGGAAGCCUCAUUGCAUAUUUUGGGAACCACUCUAAUUUAUCAAAUAAUUUAUUAUUAAGUGUUAAUUUUUAACAAAUAUGAUUGAUUUUUAUAACCUGUUUCAGGUGUAACAAAAAUAUCAUUCUAUCUUUAUUAUUUUGUCUUAUAUUUUUUAGCCCCAGCAAGCAAGACCUAAUGGUUGGGCAAUGAUAAAGACACUUGCUAUACGAAUGGUGUUCAUCUACUUUAUUGCUAGCAUGUUCAGACGAUCUCCACAACCGCAAGAAGCUGCUAGUGCAGGUGGACAGCCAGGUCAAGCAGCUAGACCAGCAACUAAUGUUUUUGACAAGUUUACAACUAUGGUAUAUUAAAACAAUUAUUUUUUUAAAUGAUUUAUUUAAAAAAAACAAAAUUAGAUUAAACAUUUCAAAUUCUCAAGCUAAACAAAAUAUGAUAAGUAUGGUGGUUGGGGGGGGUGGGGGGGGGGGAGUUAAUUAAACAGACUGUUACAUUUUAAAAGAGAUAUUCCUUUGUAUUAUUAAUAUUGAAACUUCUUUGAUGUUAGAAUGGUUAGAUUUUCAGUAAUUACCUAAAUUAACAUCCUAUUUGAUUUUCAAUGUCCUAUUACCCCUUCAAAUUUAUAAUUUUGCUAAUUAUUUAUAAUACUUUUGCACAGGACAUGUAUAUUUACAUUUCUGAGGAAGAAGAGUUCAAAGAUUUCAAGAAUGAAAAGGCUCUCUUCUGGCUUCAGAAAGGUCUUGUUUAUGGAGAUUGGACAGAAGGUCCAAUAGGAGAUGGCACUUUUGAAAAUACCGGACAAAUUGAAGCCUCAGAGGUAGCCAAUAAAUAAUUCAAAAUUUCCAUUUUUUUUAAAUUGUUAUUUUAAAAAAUGCUUUUACUGCUUAAAUAACAAAUUUAAUAUGCUUCUACUAAAGGUUAUGUAAUGUAUGUUUAAAGUCCAUUUAAUUUAUUACAUUAAGAUAUCUCAUGCAUUUGAAGAACGGCAAUAUUUUAUAAUGUGUUUAUUUCAGAGAGUUCAAAACAAUGGCUCACUAUAUAUACAUGUGUAUUUUGUAAAAGAAGGCAUGUCACCUGAUCCUAAAGACAGGGCAUUUAAGAAUUAUUCAAAGAAAUUUACAGCACAUAGAUCAAAAAGUAAGUGGCUUGACAAAUUGUUCAAGAAAAUUUUAAUCUCAUUUGAUAUAAUUUCUAAAUAGUUUAUCAGAAUUAAAAUAAUUUAAGGUUCAUGUAAUUUAUUGAAAUUAUUUAAAUCCAUCUUUAAUACCAUUGUUUCUAGGGCUUAACAAAUUUAAAAAGAGGAAAUUUCACAAGUCUGUGAAUCUGUUGACUGGUCAAACUGAUGUACACCCUGAUCUUGUGCAGGUACUUUUACAAUAAGUCUAAGACACCGUCAGCUACUUUAGUGUUAUAUUAUUAACAUGAAUAGUUUCACCAAUAAACUCUGUGAUUUACUUUGAUAAACUAUUGAAGAAAUCUUGCAUAUUUUUAAUUCAAUCGAAUAAAAAAAAUGUUUGAAAUUUGUUUAAAUGGGUGGGCAAAAUGUGAGCUGGGUGUUUCCCAAAAAAUGUUAUCCAGUUCUUCAAAUCAGUAAGUUUAGCAAUUUUUUUAAGAUUGCACAUGAUCGACAAGCCCAUACCUGCAGUUCUACUCAUGGCUCCACUGACCAUGCUGCAAAUUUAUAAAACACUUUAAGAGCAAACUUAAACAGUUUCACUUAUCAUUUUCAUAUUUUUAAGUGAACGCCAUUAUCUAGGCAUUUUAAAACCCAUUUUCACUAGGUUUGUUUUGUAUCCCUUUGCUUGGGUUUUUCUGUACACUUUCGGCCCAUCACAUGGAUGCAUUUUUUAGGCUGAGCCUCACAAAGUAGAAAUCUUUGCUCACCAUUUCUGUAGUCCUAAUCAUUUUGAAAUGUGCAACAUUUUGAAAAAUACAAAUAAUCAGUGUUUAUCAAUUUAAUAGAAAAUAACUAUGUUUCAGUAACUACUGGUUUUUACAUAUUUGUUCAUUUUAAUUUGGUAUUUUAAACUGAUUAAUUUUUUAAUUUUAGAAAGAGAAUUCUUCAACUUUUGAGAUACUUUCUCACUGGCACCCUAAUUUAACUAUCAAUCUGCUGGACGAUUACUCACCAUGGAUACCAGGUUCAGUACCACCUCCACUAGAUGAAUGUAAGUAUCUCUUGAUAAAGUUGAUGUAGUUUUGUUUUCUUAGUUUUGCAUACCAUGCACUCUUAGUAUCUGGCUAUAGAUAUACUAUUGAAAAUAAGGAAAAAGUUACUAAAGUUUAUUUGAAUCAACUUAGCUUACACUUAACUCACGCUCUUGUUUUCAACAGUACUUUUAAAUAAACAUUUUGUAAUAAUUUUUCCCCCCAGACAUUGAGUUUCUUCCUGACCUGAAUAAAUACUAUCCUGUUAUUUACCUCAAUGAUUACUGGAAUCUCAAUGUUGAUUACACACCUAUCAAUGAUACAACCAAGUUAGUACUUAAAUUAUGCAACCUAGAUCGUUCUUAAUGAUAUAACCAAGUGAGUACUUUAAUGAAACAACCAAUUAAAUACAUCAUUUGCAAUUCUUGUACAUGGUUAUUGCUACAGUUAUUUGUUAAAUUUUUUACGAAAAGAUUUUUGAUGUAAAAAUAUUUAACUUUUUCUCCAAUUCUUUCAGAAUCUUAAACUUGACCCUUACAUAUAGCCCCAUGUCACUAUUCAAAUGGCAAAUGUAUGCUGCCCAGGGAAUGCGCAAUAAAUGGGCCAGCAUGCUUGGGUCAGAUGGUGGAGAUGAAGAGGAGGACCAGGACUCACUUAAGGUAACACAUGCAUUCUUUCAGAUUCUAACAACUACUAAGAAGUGAAAAAAAACCACAAUGUCCCUCAAAACCAUUUUGAAAUUUGUUUUGUUUAGGACUGGGAAUCACAUAAUCUCUGGCACUGACCUCUUGGUGCUAUAAAGUCAUUCCUAGUUUCCCCAUCUUACCCUGUUACAAACAUUAGUCAGAAUGGUAGCUUAAGGCAUCCUUUUUAAAGAGUAAAAUAUAACAAAAAAUUUAAUAAAAAUACAAUGUUUAAUAAAACAAUAAUAAACUGAUCAACUGGAUCAAGCAAAACUGCAUGCUAUUAAAGUAAAGUAUAUAGCAAAAUUUUUACAUACUAUGGCAUGGUUAGCACAAAAUUGAAACUUUUGUAAGUCUACAUGUGAUCGGGAGUUCAAGUCAUUUGCUUUUAUUUGAGAUAUGAAUAGAUCAAAAAUGUCCUGUGUAUUGUAUGUAUUUGUAUAGGAAUAGUUAAAGACAGAUAUAAAAAUUCUUUUGUUCCCCAAUCCGUACGAAUUUACAGGCGUGCUUCCUCUGAAGUCACACAUCUGAAUGAGAACUAAUAAGUCCCCGAUUUUGCUAAGAUAACUCACUGAAUGGCUGUUUGAAAUAAUUUAUUAUUAAUGUCUUGUGUUCAGUGUUCAAAGUGUUUCAUUUUUUAGCUGAAAAUGUAUAAUGCAAUCAAAAAACAUUUAUUUAUUUGGAUCAAUAAAAGAAUCUUAUCUUAUCUUAAAGAAUGUCCUGUGUGUUGUAUGUUUUUGUGUAAGAAUUGUUAAAGAAUGUCCUGUAUAUUGGUGUAUUACCUAAUUCAUUUCAUUCUUGUGAAGUAAUGUUAUAAAGUACAAUUUUACUGAUUUUUAAAUCACGAAUUAUUAUGUUAAUGGAUGUGUUAACUGACAUUUAUUCAGACUCAUUAAAUAUUCCCCAGGUUGCUUUUCUGGAGACCAGUCCUUAUCUGUUGGCACUUACUAUCGUUGUGUCUAUUCUUCACAGUGUCUUUGAAUUUCUUGCAUUUAAGAAUGGUGAGACCUUUUGAAUUGAUAUUCCCUCGGAAAUCUUUAAAGUCGAUUCACAAUCGUCUGUAAAAUAGUACAUUACACCGGAUUUUGGCAGACAGGCUAAACUCUCUAUUUAAAUGGACCAUUGCAUACUAAUACAACUAUACCAAUAUUCAUUCAAAGGGGCACUAAUUAAUUACAUUACUUGUGUUUUGUGCAGAAACGAUGCACGCUCGGUACAAAAUUUGAGUGAACCAAGAGUUGUUACAUAUGCAUUUUAGUAUAAUAUGUCACUUACUGAAAUGAAAAAAAUUCAUAAACUUACAUAAAGCAUUUUUAUCCAAAAAUUUCUCACAUUAUACAUGGUAAUAUACAAAACAUCAGACUAACCAUCAUCACCUUGAAAAUUUUUUUUAUAUAACUUUGUUUUGGAAUACCGGUAAUUGAAGUUCAUUUUUAAAAAUUUCUGAUUGUGUAUAUUUACCUGACUUAGAACUAGACUCAUAGGAUUGCUUAUAUUCUGAUAUAUUUGGAUUGUGCAUAUUACCUGAAUCAGAACUAGACUCACUGAGAGCAAGAUGACAAACAUACUAUUAUUUAUAUUUCAGAUAUUCAGUUCUGGAAGAGCCGUAAGUCCCUUGAAGGUCUGUCUGUUCGGUCAGUGUUUUUUAAUGUGGUCCAGUCUCUGAUUGUGCUGCUGUACAUCAUGGACAAUGAAACAAAUACCGUGGUCAAGAUAAGUGUCUUUAUUGGACUUUGUAUUGAGAUUUGGAAGAUCAACAAAGUGGUCAAUGCACAAGUAAGUUUUUUUACAACCUGGGAAAUACAUGAUAAGCAUACACAAAUUUUUUUUUUUUUUAAAUAUUGAAAUGAAGUUAGACAUAAAUAAAUAAAACUACAAAUCUGUUAUUAAAAAAUAGAAUUUAAUACAUUACAUAUGUUAUUAUGCUAUAUAUGUUAAUAAAAUGAUGUGAUCUUCAAUAGUCGGUCGCAGCAUCAAAUUUUAAAAAAUUACCAUGACUAUUUUUGCUGAUGCAAGGUUUACAAAUUUUUUCCCAUUUUAUCAAAAUGAAUAUCAUAGAAAUGUCAGAUCAUUAUAUAUUAUACCGAAUGAAAAAUAACCAAAUCUGAUGAAACUGGGUAUACUAACAUGCAGAUUAACCAUACAGCUAUUGGGAGAUUAUUCACAAAUUAUUAUUUUUUUUCCCAUGAUUUAUAAUUAUAAUGUCCAUAAGGUUGUGUGGAUAUGAAGUAAAAAAACAUAGUGUGGAUGUAGGGGUUAUUAAAUCGAUUGAAUCCUACAAUAAUUACGCACUCAAGUGAAAAAAUAUAUUUCUUUCUCAUUGAACAAUUAAUUUUUUUUUUUUUGUUUCAGCUUGAUAGGGAAAAUAAAAUCUUUGGCAUUUUCCCAAGGCCAAGGCUGUCAGAGAAGGCCACUUAUACCGAAUCUCAUACCAAGGAGUAUGACAUUGUAAGCCUGCUUUUAUUUCUAUCUAAACUCUUGGUUUGUCUGGUAUUAAGGGAUGUCAUGGGUUUAGUUUUUGUUUCUAGAGUUAUUGAGUUUAGGGUCCGGUAAUUUUAUGCACAGUUAAUUUCAAAAUUUUUAUCUGCAUACUUCCUUUACAGCUGGCGUUCCGUUACCUGUCGUGGUUGUUGUACCCACUGCUAGGGGGCUACGCUGUCUACUCACUGGUGUACCAGGAACACAAGGGCUGGUACUCUUGGGUACUCAGCAUGUUGUAUGGCUUUCUACUCACUUUUGGUAAGGACUGGAGGGAUCAUAUUUUUUAAUUACUUGGUUAAAAAUAGAGUUUACCCAUAAUUUUACUACAGUGGUUGGCAGCAAAAAUCACUAAUCAAAACAACAGUUAAUUGAAGAUUGUGUUAUUGAUUGUUGCCGUUUAGCAUGGGAUCCAUCCCAUCUAGGCAAACUAAGAGAACACACUCUGAGGGUAUUGAAUAUGAUUAGUAUUUUAACUGCUACAAAUGUAAACUAUGGUGAUUUACAAUUUAUUGUGGUAAAAUAGGCAAAUAUUUAACAAGCAUAAAGAGUUUUCAAACUGCAGAAUCAUAUUCUAUUUAUUAGCAUUGAAUCAAUUUUAUAUAUAAACCCCGGGAUAAUGUAAAAUAGGAAUAUAAGUGGUUGUUGGCAAGGCUCCCAAAAUUUGGUUACUGUUAAUGGUAUAUGCAUUUCUAUGUGAAUUCUUUUUUUAAAAAGGAUCUUUAAAAAAUUAUAGAAUUUUUAACCUAGUUUUGGGUAUGAUAUCAAAAGCUGCAAACAUGUUUUCUGAGCUUGGUGAUGGUGUUUGACACAAUCGGCUAAAAGUAAAUAAUAACCACUUUUUAGCUGUAAAAAUCCCAUCAACAUUCACAAAGAAUCAAGGCUUUUGUGAGAUGUCGCGGUAUAUGGGCAUCUUGGACACAUUUGGAUGCCUUAGUAGUGACGGGGGUAGGUCAUAUUUGGUCACAAUGGUAGUGAAGGAGAUUUUUUUAAAGUGACUCUGGGCCAUUGCUGGGCCAAGGUUCUCAAUUAUUCGGCUUUUUAAUUGGACAGUAUUUUGUUUGCUUAAUAAUGUACUAUGUCCAUUAUUUUGAAUAUAUCUCAAUAAUGCAUUCCCUAAAAGCCUGAUUUUUUUACAAUAUACAUGAAUUUGUUCUCUGAAAAAAAAAAGGAAAAUAUAGUCAAACGACACAGUAACAAGAACAGGAUUUAAAUGGGAUCCAAUUUUGUGGAGCCAAUUUAUCAAUUUAUUUGAUUAUUUAAUCUCAUGAAUUAUAUUUUUAGUUAAUGUCAUGAAUUGUUAAUUUAGUUUGAACUUGUGAAGCUGAUUGAUUAUCUGGUUCUGUUGUGUAGGUUUCAUCAUGAUGACACCACAGCUGUUCAUCAACUACAAACUCAAGUCAGUGGCCCAUCUGCCCUGGAGGAUGCUUACAUACAAGGCCCUAAACACUUUUAUUGACGACAUAUUUGCUUUUGUUAUCAAAAUGCCAACAUUGUACAGACUUGGAUGUCUCAGAGAUGGUAGGUGGCAUCCAAAUUAGAGAUUUUAUGAAAGUCAAAGCUGGUUAAAAAAUUUUUUAAACUAUACAAAUAUAACCCAACUUAAGGAAUAUUUACAAAUCAUUUUUAACAAAAAUAGUUUUAGAUAAUACAUUAUUAUAAAAUAAAAUAUACAGACUUUGUCUCAAUAAUUGAAAUGUUAUGCUUUCUCCCAUUAGUAUAUUAGCAAGUGUAAAAUUUGAAAAAAUAACUUUGCUGAAAAUGUUUGUCUUUAAUUUUUCUUUCCAGAUGUGAUAUUUUUUAUCUACCUUUAUCAGAGAUAUAUUUAUUCUGUUGACCCGAAGAGGGUGAAUGAAUUUGGCACAAGCCAAGAAAUGCUGGAAACUAACGGUGCAGUGGCCACAGAAGGGGAAGGGGAGAAGACACCAGCCAUUACUCAGGGAGACGGGGCACAAACAGAAGCUGAGAAAAAGACAAAUGUGUUAGAAGAAAACGGCUCAGUGAAGAAAUCAAGCAAUGAGAAGAAAAAUGACUAAGUGUGAUAUUGGAUGUAUUUGAUCAUGUUUGAUCCCUUGUCAUUUCAACAACAAAAGAACAUUGGACAGAACAGCAAGCUUUGUGAAAUAAUUUCAAUUUUCUUGAAGUAGAUAAACAGCCCUGUUGAGAGAUGUUUGGGAUGAGAUAAAAAAUGUCAGGCCCUACUAUUAUGUUUAAUAUAGCAGUGUUAAAUGUGAUAAAUAUUCUUAUUUUUUUUUAAAGUAGAAAUUAACAGGAUUUUAAAUUUGAGAUAACCAAUCCUCCCAAUUUUUUUUAGUGUCAUUUGUAUUAAAACUUACAGAUUUCAAGUUUGUAAUCUCCAGUAGCACAAAAAAACGGUCUCUUUUUAUUUCAAGUUUUCUUUCAAUGCCAAGUGAACCCAUUGUUGGUUCCGUUAUUCAUUUGUCAUCAGAAUUGAGAGUUGCACAGAAAAAAGAAUAGGCAGACUGCAGAUUAAAAUCGGCCGAUGCUGAUUAAUUUGGCACACGAAUUAUUUAUUAUGUACUUUUUUAUGCAUUUUACUUUGAAACGCCUGUUGCUAUUAAAAAUUGUGAUUUAUCACAACUAUAGGUCUACUAGCAAGAUAAUUAUUACAAUAACCGUUUCUAGUAAAAUAAUUUAGAAUAACGUAUAUAUUACUGCCUUAAGUGUGAGAAAUUUAGGUUUAAAAGGCUACUUAAAAAUAGGGGUUUGCAUUGAACAUGUGUAAGAAUUUUCUUAUUACUGGCAAACAAUAUUAUAUAGGCCACUAAUGCAACCAAAUCUUCUUGGUUCACUCACAUUUGGAUACAGAGUGUGCAUUGUAUCUCCGCAUCACAAAAGUAAUGGUCCUUUGAAGGGAUAUUUGUAUUGAUAUUAACACGGUUCAUUUUAAAUAGAUAAUUUCAAGGAUAUGGCUUUUUUAAGUCAAAAAUACAAAUUUAUUUACAUCCUGUAAGAUUUUCAACUGUAAGAAAUCUUUGUUUGAGAAAAAUUGAUGAUAAGAGGCUAGACUUAGAAUGAACAUUUAUUAAAAGACUAAUGGCAAAAAAAAAUUGAAAGACUGGUACUUGGUACUGCAUUUUAUCAUGGCAUUCAAAAUAUUUCAAUAAAUUGUCCUAUGUAUAUUUGUCUCUUUUUUAACAUCAUCCAUUUGUAACAGCAAAGUUUGUUGAAUAAAAAAUGCUGUCAAUGGGCUACUAAAGUAAACUUAGUUUCAUCUUAGGUACCUGUACAUCAAGAAGUUUUGGAGCCUAUUGUCAGAGCAUUCAAUCAAUAUAAUACUUUUUAAAAAUAUAUUUUUUUGUUAAAAAUGAUCCAAUGUCUCUAUAAAUAACUUAUUCAAUAUUUGCUGUUAAAUUUUUUAAAAGAAAUUCUGUUGUGUUCAGAAAUCCAAUUUGCUUUUCUGGCCUAGAAAGAUUUUGUCAUUAUCCUUUGUUAUGACUGUGGUUUCUUGUGACAUUAGCCAACACAAAAGUUUCUCACAUAAUUAAAAAAACACUAAGAAAAUAAUUAACUUAGAAAAUGCCCACCCAGAUAAUAGUUAACUUAAAAAUACAGAAGAUGUUUACAUAAAACAUUUCUCAUUUUGAUAAAAGCUCUUACAUUAAAAUUAAAAAAAAAUAUAUUCACAAAUUUAAAUAUAUUUGUUAUGAACAUGAAUUAAGGCUUGUGUAUUUACACCAACUGAUAUAGAAAAUCUCUUUUAAAUUAUCUCAGUGUCUUACUAGAAAGAUAACAACACUAUAACAUAGUGAUGGUCACAGUCAUAGUUUAUUAAAACUCAUUAUCACUUGUAUGAGUAUUUAUACUGUGUAUUAUUGUCAGCGAGAGAAUUAUUGGGAAACAUUUUUAGCUUGGGUAUUUAAUUUUUAUUUGUGCAUUUAAAAAAAAAAUAAAAAAAAUUAUGAUUAAUGUGAGUCUUAGACACAUCCUUAAACCAAGUGCACACUGGUCAGGCCUCUGAGUUUAUCUACUGGUCACUGGUAGUGUUGUAAUACUUGGGGAAACAUGGUAGUCCAUGGGCAGUUCCAAAUUUAAAUAAAACCACUAGAAAUCUGAAACAUUUUGUAAAUUAUCUCUAAGCUAGAAAAGAAGAAAUGGCGGUAUUGUUUAUUUAUAACAACUACUGUCCUAUACAAGUCCACACAAUCUCUAUGUUGCUUUAAUGUGGACAAUAGAUGUACAUUGAUUAAGUGUCUUUGUUAAGAUAAUAAUUAAUCAAGUUUGACUGGGUUGAACUUGAUCUUAUUGAUGGGCUAAGAUUUGAUGCUACAAAUUUCAAGUUGGUCAUAACUGUAGAGUGACAUUAAAUGAAAGAAAAGUUGCCAAGAAUAAAUUAUUUGUACUAUUAUUCUACUUGAUAGGGGCAAGUGAGUGGCUUUUGUUGACAAUAUAAAAACUAUUGAAAGGCAUUUACUUGAUUUUUAUUCAGAUGGAUGUUUUUAUACACUUGUAUUUGUGUAUGUAUAUGUGUGUUUAUGUUCUUUGUGUAGAUUAGAUAUACACAGACAGUUAUAAAAUGUCAUGGAUUGUUAUAACAUAUCUUAUGUUGAAAGCAGAGAUUCUGAACCUAAAAUGCAGAGAUUGAUGUUAUACAUGUAGAUAGUUCCAAUAUCCCUUGGACAACCCUCCAUAAUGAAUUAAUCUUAAGCCUUAUCCAAUUUAUCGUGGCACGGCACAUUGACCAAACCUCAAGUAGUGCAGAAGUAUACCAGUGUCCAAAACUAAGUAACUCAAAAGUAUACCACAUUUGUCUUACAUGUAGAUGGGCAUUUUCAAAACAAAAACUCUUAUUUACCGGUUUCAGCAUGGAUAAAUUGAUGUAAAAUAGCAUUGGUGUAUGUAUGAAAUAAGCACAGUCCUAGUCCUACAAUAACUGCGGCAUUGGAGUAGUUAGAAAUGACUUUGAAUAGCUGAACAUAUUUGACAUAUUCAGUAGUCAUUUUUGGUUAUGUAAGUUUUUCUUUGAGAGUUGGUUAUUUACCCCCAUAAAAUGAUUAGAAUUAGAACACAUCAUGAUACUAAAUUUUAAAAAAAUACAGACACUGUUAUGCCAUAGUGGCUAAAUCCUUCUGAAGAUUUUAAAAAUUAAUUGCUAGUUUCUACUGCAAAAUUAUUUUGGUCCCAAGACCGACCCAAUUUCCCUGUAUUAUAACUUGAUGGGGUUGACUAUUGUCCAACCCUCUGUGUGACUGAAGGCAAAAAAUGUCAUGUGCUGAGUGUUUCCUGAGUUGCUUGCAUGAAUCCCUGUUGUAGUCAUUGUGAAAAUUGUAGUUGGUGUUCAAUAAACAGAUCAUUGUCAACACAUGAACAAACCAUGCCACUUUUUUAUCUUUUUUGUCUAGACCUGUUUGGCAGGUUGCAAUUUUUAGAGCCAUCAUAGUUUUUUGUACCGGUAUUUAAUUUUUUUUUAAAAGGUUAUUAUUAUAAUAAAAAACGUCACUGUUGGAGUAGGGUAAAUUAAAAAAUUUUCUAGAAGGUU